ACUCUGGGAAGAAGCACACACACCAUAACUUGCGCUCGGUUGGAUCGUUUGUAAGUACAAGCAUGAUCGUGCUCUCUCGCUCGUUGAUUCUGGCACUCCUCUUGAUGAUCCCACUGCCACUGUCGAGAGCUUUUUCUCACGAUCAUCAUGCUGCCUGUGCUCUAGCUGCAAAUCCAGAGAUUUGCAUUGCCAGCAUGGAAGCACUGGAUUUGGAUCCCGGCAACGCUGGAAGCUUUGCGCUAGCGGCGGUAGGAUCCGCUCGUGACUCCCUGGAGGCGCUGCUUGCAUCCACAGCAGAGCUCGAUCAUGGCGCCGUCUCGUCGAGCAAGCCAUCCAGAUCCAUGAGGAAAAGGGCAGUGAUGCGCGACUGCGUGGAACUCCUCCAUGACGCGUCCCGCCUCGCUGCCGAUUCACAAGUGGCCAUUGGAAGAAUGAAAGCGAGCGAUCUGGUGAAUGCUCACACCUGGAUGAGCGCUGCUCUCACUUACCAUACCACUUGCCUGGAUGGAUUGAUCGAGGCUGGCUUUGACGAACACAAACUGCUAAACAAAGCCCGAGAAUCACUCAGCACUUGCCUGGCAGCCAUAGCAUCCUUGCGAAGAAAUCAAGAACAGGAGCCACAGACCAUCAAAACCCCGCAUUGGGUCUCCAAGUCGGUGGGAAAUUACACCAUUCUUCCCAACAUCACGGUGGCCAAGGACGGGAGUGGCCAGUUCGAGAACAUCACUGCGGCUCUUGCCGCUGCUCCCACGAAGAGCAGCUCCAGGUUUGUGAUUUACAUAAAGCAGGGAACUUACUUGGAGACUUUCGAGGUGCCGAGGAAUCUCCUGAACUUGAUGUUCUUGGGAGAUGGGAUUGGCAAGACCAUUAUCACUGGAAACAAAAGUGUCCAGGAUCCAAACAUCACAACUUUUACGUCCGCAACAGUGGCUAUUAGAGCGAACAACUUCAUCGCUCAAGACAUCACAUUCCAAAACACGGCCGGAGCCAUAAACCAUCAAGCGGUGGCGGUGCGAGUGACCGCGGACAAGGUGGCAUUCUUCCGAUGCUCGUUCGAGGGCUUCCAGGACACCCUCUACGCUCACUCCCUCCGCCAGUUCUACACCCAGUGCGACAUCUACGGCACCGUCGACUACAUCUUUGGCAACGCAGCCGCGAUCUUCCAAAACUGCAAUCUCUACGCUCGCCUCCCGAUGCCCAAGCAGAAGAACACCUACACGGCGCAGGGAAGAACAGACCCAAAUCAGAACACGGGCUUCUCCUUCCAGAACUGCGCCGUGGAUGGAACCCCGGAGCUCAAGGCAAACAUCACCCAGUUCCCGACGUUUCUGGGGAGACCAUGGAAGGAGUACGCGGUCACGGUGUUUCUCAAAUGCUACGAGAGUGCGGUGGUGGAUCCGGCAGGUUGGCUCGAGUGGAGCGGCGAUUUUGCGCUCCAGACGCUCUUCUAUGGCGAGUACUUCUGCUAUGGGCCAGGCGGCUCGAUCGUCAAGCGCGUUGACUGGUCAACUCAGAUAUUCGACUCUAGCUUUGCGAGCAAGUACACGGCAAUGAGCCUGGUCAGCGGGGACGAGUGGCUCCCAGCGACGAAUCUCCCAUACACACUGGUGCUAUGAUCAUAGGAAAAGAAAAAGUGGUAUCAUCAACCUUGACUUAUUCAGCUAUAGCUACAUUGUGCCUAUGCCACCUUUUGUGAGGUGGAAUAUCACUCAAAAUACUUUAGCGUUGUAUGAU